UCCCCGGCUUUUCUACUGCUCACGUUGUUGGAAAAGAAAACUGCCUACACACGAAAAUAAUCACCAAGGCGACUCAGAUAACACAUAUAUCGUUGGAGUGCGCGCGUGGGAAAGACUCUGCUCUGCCCGCGUUGAGAAGAGGCGGACAGGAUGUCUGAGAAGCCGACCCGAAUUGCUAUCGUCAACCACGACAAGUGCAAGCCGAAGAAAUGCCGGCAGGAAUGCAAGAAGAGCUGUCCAGUGGUGCGAAUGGGCAAACUGUGCAUAGAGGUCACCUCACAAAGCAAAAUCGUUUGGAUCUCUGAAUCGCUCUGUAUUGGAUGUGGUAUCUGCAUCAAGAAAUGUCCAUUUGGGGCCUUGUCCAUUGUAAAUCUGCCAAGUAACCUGGAGAAAGAGACCACUCACAGAUACUGUGCCAACUCUUUCAAACUUCAUCGGCUGCCUAUCCCCAGGCCCGGCGAGGUACUCGGACUCGUGGGAACGAACGGGAUCGGAAAGUCGACCGCCCUCAAGAUCCUGGCUGGAAAACAGAAACCAAACCUGGGACAUUAUGACGCGCCUCCUGAUUGGCAGGAGAUCCUGGCCUAUUUCCGGGGCUCAGAGCUGCAGAACUAUUUCACCAAAAUCCUGGAAGAUGAUCUGAAAGCCAUUGUCAAACCUCAGUAUGUGGACCAGAUCCCCAAAACCGUCAAGGGAAGCGUGGGCUCUAUCCUGAGCAGGAAAGAUGACACUAAGACAGAGGACAUUGUCUGUGAGCAGCUCGAUCUGACUCAUCUGAAGGACAGGAACGUGGAGGAUCUGUCAGGGGGAGAGCUGCAGCGUUUUGCAUGUGCAGUCGUGUGCAUUCAGAGAGCUGACAUUUUCAUGUUCGAUGAGCCAUCCAGUUACCUGGAUGUAAAACAGCGGUUGAAAGCUGCCAUCACGAUCCGAUCUCUAAUCACCCCAGACAGGUACAUUAUUGUGGUGGAGCAUGACCUGAGUGUGUUGGACUACCUGUCUGACUUUAUUUGCUGCCUGUACGGAGUACCCAGCGCCUAUGGAGUGGUUACUAUGCCCUUCAGCGUCAGAGAAGGUAUCAACAUUUUCCUGGACGGCUACGUGCCGACGGAGAACCUGCGUUUCCGGGAGACGUCGCUGGUGUUCAAGGUGGCGGAGACGGCCAACGAGGAGGAGGUGAAGAAGAUGUGUCGUUACCAGUACCCUGGCAUGAAGAAGGCCAUGGGAGACUUCUCGCUGGAGAUCGUGGAGGGAGAGUUCACCGACUCCGAAAUUAUGGUCAUGCUAGGAGAGAACGGGACCGGUAAGACAACGUUUAUCAGAAUGCUCGCCGGGCGACUAAAACCAGACGAAGGAGGGGAAGUGCCCAUCCUGAACGUCAGUUACAAACCCCAGAAGAUCAGCCCCAAAUUCAAAGGAAGCGUUCGAGCUCUUCUCCAUGAGAAGAUCCGUGACGCUUACAUGCACCCGCAGUUUGUGACGGACGUGAUGAAACCCAUGCAGAUCGACAGUAUUAUCGACCAGGACGUCCAGAACCUGUCUGGAGGAGAGUUGCAGAGGGUAGCCCUGGCGCUGUGUCUUGGUAAACCUGCUGACGUCUACCUGAUCGACGAGCCGUCUGCGUACCUGGACUCUGAACAGCGUCUCAUGGCCGCCAGAGUCAUCAAACGUUUCAUCCUCCAUGCGAAGAAGACGGCGUUUGUGGUGGAACACGACUUCAUCAUGGCAACGUACCUCGCCGACCGUGUCAUCGUGUUUGACGGGAUUCCCUCCAAAAAGACAGUCGCCAACACGCCGCAGACCCUGCUGGCUGGAAUGAACAAGUUCCUCUCCUUACUAGAGAUCACCUUCAGGAGAGACCCCAACAACUUCAGACCAAGAAUCAACAAACUCAACUCCAUCAAGGACGUGGAGCAAAAGAAGAGCGGCAACUACUUCUUCCUCGACGACUAGCCCCAUUCCCCGUCUUCAGUAACACGUCCAUGUCACGAAAGAACAUUACUGCAAACUCUGGAGAGAGAGACAGACAGAGAGAGAGAGACAGACAGAGAGAGAGAGACAGGGAGAAGAAAAAAGAACGAGUGUGCCCUCGUUUCAGUUCACUACUCUUUAAGGUCUUUUUUUUUUUUUUUCCCCUCUCCUCAGAACGGACCAGGGAACCUGCUGCUUUCAACUGUCUCUUUCUGCUCCUCAGGAGCCACUGACCUGUAACACACACAGAAACACAGAAA